GGCUGUGGAGUCACGUGUCGGGCGCGAGCCACCUCCAGGCGGGCGCUUCCUGUCGCUGCCGCCGCCGCCGCCCGGGCGCCGCCGGAGCCCAGGGCGGUGCCGGGAGGAAGAAGGCCCGGGUUUGGUUCGGAUCCGCCGCGAGAUACAUAUCUAGACUGCCAAGAUGCCAGGGCCAAGACCCCGGAAGGGCCCUCAGGCCAGUGGACAGGGUGUGGCAGCUGCCAAACAGCUGGGGCUCUUUGUGGAGCUCAGCCCCGAGGACAUGCUGCUGGGAGUGGAUGAGACUGAAGAUGAUGGCGACCUGGAGGCUGAGCUGCUGGCCCUCACCGGGGAAGCAGGAAGCACAGGCAGGAAGCCAGCACCCAAGGGGCGGGCCCCGCUGCCCAUGGCUCACAUCGAGAAGUUGGCUGCAGACUGUAUGCGGGAUGUGGAGGAGGAGGAGGAAGAUGAGGAAGGGCUGGAGGAGGAUGCGGACCUGCUGACUGAGCUGCAGGAGGUCCUGGGUGAGGAGGAGGAGGAGGCUGAGUCCUUGGAUGAUGAGGAGGCAGCUAACCCAGACGUCUCCAAGGAGGAGAAGGGGCAGGAAAGCAUGGACGCACCAGUGCAGGCAGCCCUUCUCACAACUCCAGCCCCCGGCAUGCAGGCUGGAGGGCCUCGGGGGCUGCAGGCUCUGCUGGAGGAGCGGAUCCGCAACUACCAGGAGGCUGUGGCCACCGCCAAGGAGGCGGGGGAAGCGGCCAAGGCCAGGCGCUGUGAACGUGGCUUGAAGACCCUCGAGUCCCAGCUCGCUGCUGUGAGGAAAGGUAGAAAGAUCAAUGAGGAUGAGAUACCACCUCCAGUGGCCUUGGGCAAGAGGCCCCCAGCCCCCCAGGAAACAGCCAACAGGAGCCCAGAGGCAGAAGUUGCAGCUCCCCCUGCCAUGGAGCAAGAGAACCCCCCCCAACCUGAGACAAGCCUCCCAGGCAGCCCUGCCAUUUCAGCCCCACCUGAUGCGGACCCAGACCCACGGGCCCUAUUGUCAGCCCGACAGAGAGAGUACAAGGUGGCUGCCCUCAGUGCCAAGCGGGCUGGAGAUCUAGACCGUGCCCGAGAGCUCAUGAGGAUUGGGAAGAGAUUUGGUGCUGUCCUGGAGGCCCUGGAGAAGGGGCAGCCUGUGGACCUGAGUGCCAUGCCCCCUGCACCUGAGGAUCUGAAGUUCCUGCCACAGGUUUCUAAGGCCGCCACAGCACCCUCAGUCAUACCGCCGGCCGUGGAACGUGUGCAGCCAGUGACGGCCGCUGAUGUCCCAGCAGCCCCAGUGGCCCCUACAAAGCCACAGACGGUGCUGGACGCCCUGCAACAGAGGCUCAACAAGUACCGAGAGGCGGGCGUCCAGGCCCGGGGCAGUGGGGAUGAGCGCAAGGCCCGGAUGCACGAGCGCAUUGCCAAGCAAUAUCAAGAUGCCAUUCGAGCACACCGAGCGGGGCGGAAAGUGGACUUUGCUGAGCUGCCUGUACCUCCGGGAUUUCCCCCCAUUCCUGGUCUGGAGCCCACUGUGGGCACCGAGGAAGACGCUGUGGCAGCGACUUUGGCAGCUGCUCAGAAACUGGCCUCCUCAGAGGAUGCAGCACCAACAGAGGAGGAUGAGGAUGAGGAUGAGGGUGAGUCCCCGUCACAGGCUCCAGUGGCCAAGAAGCCAGCACAGCCUCUGCUUCCUUCAUCCCGACCCCUGUCUGAACCCAGGGCUUCAAGUUCUAAGGAGUCACUGAGUCCAUCUGUGCGGGAGCAGCUGGUGCUGCUGGAGGCGCGGAAAUUGCAGUACCAGCGGGCAGCCCUGCAGGCCAAGCGCAGCCAGGACCUGGAGCAGGCCAAAGCUCACCUGCGAGUGGCCAAGUGUCUUGAGACUCAGAUCAACCAAGCCCGUGCUGGCCGACCUGUUGAUCUCUCCAAGGUGCCUUCACCCUUGACGGAUGAGGAGGGUGAUUUCAUCCUCAUUCACCACGAAGACCUGCGACUCUCCCAGAAGGCUGAGGAGGUAUAUGCCCAGCUGCAAAAAAUGCUUCUGGAGCAACAAGAGAAGUGCCUGCUGUUCUCCAAGCAGUUCAUGCACCAGGGCAAUGUGGCUGAGACCACCCGGUUUGAGAAGCUUGCUCAGGACCGUAAGAAACAGCUUGAGAUCCUGCAACUGGCCCAGGCGCAGGGCCUUGACCCUCCCGGCCAUCACUUUGAGUUGAAGACAUUCCAGACCGUGAGGAUCUUCUCAGAACUCAACAGCACAGAGAUGCAUCUGAUCAUUGUCCGGGGAAUGAACCUCCCAGCCCCUCCAGGGGUGACCCCUGAUGACCUGGAUGCUUUUGUGCGGUUUGAGUUCCACUACCCUAAUUCGGACCAGGCUCAAAAAAGCAAAACAGCUGUGGUAAAGAACACCAACUCUCCAGAAUUUGACCAACUCUUCAAACUAAACAUCAACCGAAACCACCGGGGCUUCAAGAGGGUCAUCCAGAGCAAGGGAAUCAAGUUUGAAAUUUUCCACAAAGGCUCUUUCUUCAGAAGUGACAAGCUGGUUGGCACAGCACACCUGAAACUGGAGCGGCUGGAGAAUGAGUGCGAGAUCAGGGAGAUUGUAGAGGUCGUGGAUGGAAGGAAGCCCACUGGGGGGAAGCUGGAGGUGAAGGUGAGGCUGCGGGAGCCUCUGAGCGGCAAGGAUGUGCAGAUGGUCACUGAAAACUGGCUGGUCCUAGAGCCCCGGGGCCUGUGAGCAGAUGGUCGGCACCAGGAGAGGACACAGGCCAGCGACUGCAGGCGCCCACUUGCCGCCCAGCUUUGCUGACCACAGAAGCCUUCGUACACGAGAGGCUGCUACACAAGCACCAAAGACCUGUUACACACAUGCACUACUGACCGUGACCCUCGCCCUUCCUCUUGCCGGCCAGUCUGGACCUUCACGAGAGCAGGCUGGAUUCCCUCUCCCUGCCUCCCCUCCCCGUCUGGCUGGGGCAAGGAUCCCCUCACUGCUCUGUGCCGUGGAGUCCCGCAGCCGCUUAACCUCUGCGCAGCAACUGUGUGCCGCUCAGCCCAGCCUCCAGUUGCAGCAUUUCCGGAUGUGCCUUUAAGAGAUUUAACUAAGGGAUGGGAGAACUCGAGGGUGAUCGGGAACCUCCUCUAGUUAAGGGGGGCAGGGUUCCAUGACUCCAGGGGUGUGUGGCACCCUGUCCCAGGCGACCGUCUGCCCCAGCUCUGCCUGCGCCUGUGCCUUUGUUCCUGACUGCUGCUGCACUAGCCCUCCUGUUUCCCAGAGGACUUGCGGGAAGAGGAAAGUUACUUUCGGUACUACUUGGUGGGACGUUGUAUCUUGGGUUUCAUCCACACACCUAAGAUAAAAGACUGUUAACUGGAAAAAAAAAUUA